UGCAAUGAAACAUAAAGGAUUUAGGGGUUUGAUAGUAAUCUUGAUUUUAACAAAUAUCAUUGAAAUGGAUGCCUACCAGUAUAAUCAAGUGCUGGGUAUAAGGAAGCGACGUCAGAGUUACGUUGAUAUUGUCUUACCGGAUAAAGCUGUCCAAGAAACGGCAACCGGCGUUUUAUUUAGUGUUAAAGAUUCAUUGGAUUCGCUCAACUAUCGUUACAUCUUGAACAGUUCUACAUAUGCGAACGCGUUUAGGGUAGACAUUGUAAGCGGUGAUGUUCCCGUCGCGGCAGGCUUUACGUUGGAUUAUGAAGCCUUUAUUCCGGCUAACAACGGUUCUGAAAUGAUCAAUUUGACUAUCAUAGUCUCUGACAAUUCAAUGACCGAACACAGUAGUGAUAACGUUAUGAAGACGCUCCUGCAGCCCGUGAUACUGAUGGACGUCAACGACGAGUCCCCAGUGUUCACGAACGAGUUUUACCCGUAUUACGCGGUCGUGUUGCUCAGCGCCGCCGCAAACAGCCAGGUCUACUCCCUCACCGCUACAGACCCCGACAGAGGCGCUAUCAUCUCGCUCUCACAUAAGUUUGUGGGCAAUGCUGGUUUGUUUUUCGACGUGACGUAUAACAGUGCCGUGGCGGAAAUAAAACGGAAAGGACAGCAGCCGUUUACGCCUGACCAAUUCCUGCGCAUCACAAUCAAGGCCACAGAUACCGCCGGGGCCAGCUCCCAGGUGACGAGCGGUGUCGUGGAGGUCAAGGCCGGCACCCGGCGCCCGCAAUUCAACAUGCAGAAUGGAUACACCUUACAGUUCCAGGAGGAAAAUGAAAUAAACCAGAAGAUAACCAUACUUCAGAACAGAAUGAGGGUGAAGAGUUUCCAGUCAAACAGCAUAUCUCUGGCGGUCCUUGACGAGUUAAGCCUGCCCUUCCAUCUUUUCGAGACGCUGGUGUCGGGCUCGUCUGUAGUGGGAGUGUACGAUGCAGACCUGUACGUGAAGCGUGUGGUCGACUAUGAGAGGGACCCGCGGAUAUACAGCUUCGCCAUCCAGGCAACUGAAGGCAGAACUGGCCUCACCAGCACCACCACACUUGAAGUUUAUGUCACAGACAAGAAUGAGUUUGACCCAAGUUUUACCACGUCAAUGUUUAAGAAUGAAAGUGUCAGAGAAGAUAUACCAACUGGCAGUAUUCUACUAACUGUUACUGCAAGAGAUGCCGAUCUCAACACCAAGAUGUCAUUCUCUGUGAACAACGACCACUUUAGAGUUGUACCGCUCAAUCCAGAAAGCAAAACUAGUCCAUAUAUUGCCAACAUUGUUGUUAACAAAGCACUUGAUUAUGACGGCUGCCGGUGAAGCUGUACGAAUUUGACCUAGUUGCCACUGAUGAUGGAGACAUUCAUAAGUCAGGAAGCGCUAUCGUUCAGAUAUUUAUGACAAACGUAAACGAUGAGUCUCCGGAGUUUCCCAAUGACAUGCAGUCUGGCCUGCGGUAUGACGCGGCAGUGGGGUCCGAUGUCUACCUGGCCAAGGCCACUGAUGCUGAUGGUAAUAUAAUCACCUACCUCUUUUUGGAAACUUACCAGAAAUUCAACCUUAAUACAAGCACUGGAAGUGUGACACUGCAUGAGACAAUUGCUUCCACCCAGAGAGUUUAAUCACGCAGUUUGAGUACCUGCUCAAGGUGAUCGCCGUAGACGAUGGCUCAUGUUGCGGUGGUAUCACCACACGGACCAGCACCGGUACACUCACCGUCAACAUCCUCACCGAUAACGAGAACCGGCCUCUGUUCCCUGACUGUCAGAGUUUGACACCGCACGUCAAAGAAGAGCAGGCAGAUGUAUUUAUAAUUAAAGUGACUGCAGGAGAUCCAGACUUCGGCACUAAUGGAGAGGUGACAUAUUCUUUGCGCGAAGGCACGGACUCCCCAUUUAGGAUUAACAGCGCAUCUGGGGAUUUAUACACGAGAAUAGCAAUCGACAGAGAAACCCUCGGGAGUACUAAAAUAGCUC